AUCCCAUCCCACCUUCACAACACACCACCUCAAAUCCACUCCACUUAUCAACAAUGGCUCCUUCUCCCGAGCCCAACCCCGCCCUGACCCUUAUCGACAUCCUCUGGCACCUCAUCGACCCUCUCCUCUUCAUGGCUUACUCGGCCUCCUACCUCCCACUCACGAUCAUCUCACUCAUCCGCACACAGCAAUUUUCUACUUUUGCUUCCCCAGCUAAAUUUAAAGAUGCAUGGUUUGCACGUUUUUGGGGAGAGGUUGGACCGCAGACUCGUGAGAAUGCUCUUCCUAGAGCAGGGCCACUGAUUGCUGAAGCGAGGGGUGUGGUAUUGGACAUUGGUGCUGGCUACGGAGAGUGGGUGGGCUGCUUUGACAAGGAGAAGGUGACGAAGAUCUAUGGUGUCGAACCCAAUGUGGACCAACAUGCUAAGCUGAGAGAGAGGGUCAAGGAAGCGGAGUUGGGGGAUGUGUAUGUGAUUGUGCCAAUUGGAGUGGAGGACUUGGGUGAAGAAUGGGUGAAGAGAGGGGAGGUGGAUACUAUCGUUACGAUUCAGUCAAUAAUUGAGGCGAAGUGACGAGUGGGCUUGGCGAUUGCAUGGUGCUAAUGCGAAAUAGUGCCUUUGCAGUGUCAGUGAGCCGAAGAAAAUGAUUGGCGAAUUAUAUGGGUAUUUAAAAGAGGGUGGGUCUUGGAUUCUAUACGAGCAUGUGGUUGUAUUCCAAUGGCAAGGUUGGUUUGUGAAAUGGUGGCAAGGUUCGUCUUCGCUCUCAUCGGGUUCUUUCCACGGGCCUGAGACUACAAGAAUAAUUUUCUAGAGGAAUGGAUGACUAACACCCUUCGCAGCAACAAUCGACCUCGUUUGGCCACAUUUUCUCGGCGGGUGCUCUAUAACACGCGACUCGGGGAAGUGGUUGAAAGAGGCUGGGAGUUGGCAGAAAGUUGAUCUGAAGCAGCCUUCUGAUGAGCCCUUUUGUCAUGUCAUUCCCCAUAUCAUAGGGACUCUCACCAAGUGAGUAGUAUUUGUCUUGAUGGUUACCAGAGAAUGGUUUCUGGAGGCAUUGUUGCCGCAACAUUGGAGACUUAUGAUAAUUUCGCUGGAUGAAUCGCCAAGAGACCCCUCGAUUGGGUGAAGUUUGGGCUUUUGGCAUGUCAGGAAUAUUAGUCAAGGUUUGGGGCAGCACCCAAAUCCCUCAAGUGAUCUUACACGAGGGAUGCGAGAUCAUCUUGGCUAUUUCCAGGCGAAAAUCCUGCAGAAUUGCCUUUAUCAGAGCAAUGUGGAAUAAAGAAGUUUUAU